CCACUAUGAUCUCCAACGAAAAUACCCAGAUCUUUCUCGAGACUAUUGACACGAUGUUGAAGUACCGGACGAUGCUUCCUAAUCUCAUCGACGCUAUCUACGAAGCCCCAAUGCGUCAAGCUCGUCUCACUGGCUCUGACCCUGAUAUACCUGAAGGAGAGAUCGAGGUCCUCUAUGAAGCCAUCGACUACAUCGACACCGAGCUUCAAUACCUCGCUAAAGAGUCCGCUCUCAGUCUCACCACCCGCGUGCGUCUACACCACCUCCAAGAAAUGCUCAAAGCUCUCGACCUGGAUGUCGCUUGCAUGAUAAUCACCCGUUUCUGGGACGACCAAAACCGUCAAGACAUCCUCGACAGAAUCGAACACCGUAUAGACGCCGACCGGGAGAAAUGGGGCCCCGAGCACAGAGCGCGACUGUCUGCCGUGUCUAUGUCGCGCUCGUCGACGUUGACUAUAAUGAAGCAUCCGAGUUCGUCGAAGAACAGCAGUUGCGACUCGUCGGACGCCGGAUCACCCAUUGAUGUUGAUGAUGGCGCGGAGGAGGAGGAGACUACUGUUAUGGCUUGAUCAUCUCGGCUGGUUGGACAGUAUUGUCCACGUCGUUCGCCCUUUUUUCCGUCCGUUGUCUUUUCGUUCCUCAUGGACACCGCUUUGGCAUCGCAUAUAACUCUCCCUGUCCUGGUCCUUUCCCCCGGGCUUUCGUCGACGUUUCACACCGCAUUCGCAGCUCGCAGCCCGCACCGGCAUAUAAUUAUUCGUUCUAUUUUGUAGCUGUAAUUACAUACAUACAGAGAGACGGACUUUCGUUCUCAACCUUUUACGAUUGUGAUAGCUGU